AUGGCUGGUGCACUGGAAUCGGCUGGAUCCGGAAAAUAUAAAAUUGACUGGGGAUAUCAAUGUAAAGAAGCUGAGAUGAAAUGUGGGUGGCGUUUAAAUGGCCUCAGCCAUCCACCACCACCAUCACUCGACUCACACCGCCACGGCGAAUUUUGCAUUGAUUUUGCAUUACAUCAUACCUUUUGCAUUGAUUUUGCAUUACUACAUGCAUUUUGCAUUGAUACAAGACGUUUACAUUGA